AUGCCUGGCAUCCUGCCCAUGAAGGUGAUCAAGGUGGGGAACAGCUCGCAGAGUCGCGUCGCCCAGGCCUGCGAUCGCUGCAGGAGCAAGAAAAUCCGCUGCGAUGGAAUCCGACCGUGUUGUUCGCAAUGCGCGUAUGUCGGUUUCGAGUGCAAGACCAGCGACAAGUUAAGCAGACGCGCUUUUCCGCGAGGCUAUACUGAGUCAUUAGAAGAUAGGGUUCGCGCUCUGGAAGCUGAGGUGCGGGAACUGAAGGGCCUGCUGGAUGAGAAGGAUGAGAAAAUCGACGUAUUGUCGCGGUUACAUUCCUUUUCAACCUCGCGCAGGGCAUCCCUGCAAGAUUCGACGGGGUUGGGUUCCUCAAACCGGGACGAUUCGUCCAAGUCUGCUGCAUCUGAGAAAAGAGAUGAGUUGAUUCGUGUUCAACAUUCCUGCUCUUUGUUGCGGAAACCCACGAUAAAUGCACCUUUCACAGGUCCAUCAAGUACGAGAGCUUCUAUUGAUGCAUUUGCGAGCAAGUUGGAAAUUAGCGGAAAAUCAGCAUCAGGCAUCUCGACGGAUGUAUUACUCUCAGAGGCGUUUUUGCCUGUCUGGAGUUCUCAAGAUUCAUCUCCGCCCCAAAGACGCCAGCCGCGGCUUAUAACGGACCAGCUUGUUAAUAUCUUCUUCCAAGAAUGGGCUCCGAUAUACCCUGUCCUUCAUCGACCGACGAUGUUGAAAAUUUACGGAGACUACGUUAGCGACCCCGAUGCGUUUGAAAAUGAUAAAUACUACAUGGCACAGCUGAACUUGAUUUUUGGAAUCUCCGCAAUAUCGGCUUAUUCCCGUGUUCCUCAGGAUCCCACAUUCUUCGAGCAGAAUUGGCAGCCUAGGCUUGAUGCUCUCGCACACGACGUCUCCUUGCCAGGCCUCCAAUGCUAUAUCCUUGCUCAGAUUUACUACAGCAUCAAAGCCGAUUACAAGAGCCUGUUGCGUUACCGCGGUCUCGCUGUAGGAGUGUGCCAUCAACUAGGUCUCCAUCAAAGUCAGAGGGGGUUUUCAUUUACCUUCCUCGCUAGUGAAACAAGAAAGAGGGUCUUCUGGUGUCAAUAUGUUCUUGAUCGUUUUGCGGCUGCUUUAACGGGAUUGCCUGUUUUGAUGCUUGAAACAGACAUUUGUGCAGAGUAUCCAGCCGAUAUUGAUGACGAAAAUCUCACGGACAGCAUUGUUCCUACGUUAACCGGUGAAUUAACGCGCAUUUCAAGCGCUUUGGCCUUGUUCUCAGUGUCACGAAUUUUAAGCAAAGUGCUCGCUCAGCUGUAUCCUUCACCAUCUGGUUAUGAUGUCUCCUUGUCGACUGUUCAUUCCCUCGCAAAGGAACUUGACGAAUGGCAGCAAGGACUGCCGCCGCAUAUUCGCCUCGAGUUUGCGCAGGAUAAGCCGAGCGCUAAUGUUACUGGAAACCGCUCACCUAUUCUUAAUAUUGAUCUUGGGCCCGAAUGCAAGCUCGUGAAGGAAGCGCAAAAACUUCUUUCAUCAGCUGCUUCACUAGUGGAAUGCGAAUCUACCGAAGCGGCGGCCGAAUUUACUAACAUCUUAAACCUUGUUUCUCCGCUCGAGGAUUUCAAACAUGUUAAGUCAGAACAUCAACAAAAAUCAAACCCGGAAAUGCCAGGCCGGUCCCCGAAAUGCAAGUCUCCCAGGAAAGCUCCGUCUCUGGAAUCACGCCACUCCUUCACCUUGGGCGCUGGGCGAUCCAAGGAUAACGAUAUGCGCAGAAGUACUGUUUCCAAGUCCAUUGCGAACUCAAGUCCAGAACUAUGUCCACGGAGUAUCCGGUCAUCAAGCUCUGUCAGCAUCUCCUCAUCAGCGAACCCGGAAAUGACAGCGGUAACCCCUCGCUCCUCGUCUGACCUUCCUUCAGAAUACCUCAACCUGGAUUAUCUCCCACUUGGCGAUGAGAAAGUUGAAAUGAAAACGACCCCCACACCCUCCAACACUUCCACACACGGCUAUGCAGUGUCUGAGUGGGAUAAUGUCCUUGGCGACAUGGAUAGCGGACACACAAACAUAUUCAAUGGAAUCUAUGGCGGCGGGGAAUGUGGUGAUGUAGGAGCUGCCUCAUUUUCUGGUUCUCAUCUCACCCCGGCUUUCCAGUAUCCACAAAAUCCCCCUUCGUCAAUGUCUGUCCCACCAUCUUCUCAUGAGAUGAAAGCCUGGUCACCUGAAGGAUGGUCAUCCUCUUCGAGCAGUGACAUGCACCCCCAGUCAGCACCUAGCGCCGUGAGUUAUUCUGAGGAUACCAUGGGAGCUAUGGAAGAACUGUCACCGCCGGCGACGAUUGGAAAAACAUGCGAGAUGAUGACCCAACAAACACCCCCACCACCCCCUCCCCCACCACACCACGAAGGGCUUGAUGGUAUCCAGAUACCCCAGAGCCUCGGGCCGCUUGAUCACCCUCCUGAUUUCGGUGGUGGUGGUGUUGUUGAUACCUGGACUCUGCGCCAACCGGCAUGA